CCUUCUUCUUCUUCUUCUCGCCAUAAACCUUUCUCUUGCAUAUCUUCGUCGGUUCAAUUUCGAAUUCAAUCGAUUUGUUCGUUUCAUUGAUUUAACAUGAUGGAUCGCGUAAGCAUGUACGAGUCUGACGUAGAUGAUGAUGAUGAUGAUGAUGAUAUCUGCGAAGAUCUCGAAGAGUUAAGACGCGCAUGUAUCGUCACCGAUUCCAAUUCUGGCGGAGGAGGGAUGCAUUCGGAUUCUGAAAACGAAGAAGAAGAUUUCGAGAUGCUUCGAAGCAUUAAGACCCAACUAGCUUCGUCGGCCACGGAUCAUCCGAUGGGUUUAUUAUCAUCAUCAUCAUCACUGACCUCGGAGGAUUCAGAGAGUGAUGACGACGACGACUUCGAGAUGCUUCGGAGUCUCAACAACCAAUUGGCACUUCCCAUGGACGACGAAGAUAACGAUGAAACACUUGUCGCUAUUUGUAAGCGAUUCUCAGGUGUGGAAGGAUUAACUUUCAUGAAUGAGUCUUCUCCCAAGCAGCAGGUACAUGCCACGUGUAAUGAACCUCCUUCAAGCGAAAUAUUGAGUAGGUCUAACACUUGUGAAAGCUUUUCAGAGGAUGUAAAAGGUGAAAGCAGCACUUCCAGUACUCAGCCACCUUCUCUUACCCUAGCUGCUUCAAGUACUACUUUCCCUGAAUCAGCACAAGCCUUUGUCGACGCGAUCAGGAAGAACAGGUCGUACCAGAAGUUUCUCCGAACGAAACUCGGAGAAAUCGAAGCUACGAUUGAGAAGAACGAGAAGCUUCGGAAGGACGUUAAGAUUAUCGAUGGUUUAACGGUUGCGUGCAAGAGAAGGAUGAAGCAACAGGCGUUUUCUCAGGGUAAAGACCCACGUUUCGAACUUAUCUCAGCAAGAAAACCUAGCACUCAUCAUGAUAAUAGCUCUGAUCAGGGUAAAGGUGAAAAGACGUUGGGUCCGUUAGAGAAUCCUUGUGUUGCAAGUUAUAGGAUGGUAUUAGAGGAGUAUCCAGUUUCGGUGUGUCGUACGAAUUGGUCUGCUAAGGAGAACGAAGAUCUUGCAAAAGGUCUCAAACAACAGCUUCAAGAAACACUCAUUCGUGAAGCUACUGAACGCUCCAGUGAUUUGGAAGGAUGUUCAGAUGAUAUAGACACCAUUCUUGAAUCGGUAAGUAAUCUUGAGAUCACACCAGAAAUGAUUAGGCAGUUUCUUCCCAAAGUUAAUUGGGAUCAAUUGGAUAUUAAGAACCGUUCUGCUGCAGAAUGUGAAGCCCGGUGGAUGAGCUCGGAAGAUCCAUUGAUUAACCAUGGUCCGUGGACUGCAGCAGAGGACGAUUACAUACGCUUAGUAACACAAAACAAGAGUGUUACAGAUUGGCUUGACGUUGCGGUAUCACUAGGGACAAACAGGACCCCGUUUCAAUGUCUGGCUCGAUACCAGAGAAGCUUGAAUACAGACAUAUUGAGAAGAGAAUGGACUCCAGAAGAAGAUGACCAACUCCGUGCUGCAGUAAGCUUGUUUGGCGAAAAAGACUGGCAAUCUGUUGCAAAUGAAAUGGACGGAAGAACUGGAACUCAAUGCUCUAACAGAUGGAAAAAAUCGCUUGUCCCAAGCAGGAAAAGGGUAGGGAAAUCAAAUUCAAAGGAAGCCAAGUGGAGCUCAGAGGAAGACAAACGUCUGAGAGUAGCUUUGACAUUCUUUGGAGCUAAAAAUUAUAAUAAAAUUGCUCAGUUUGUUCCUGGACGGACGCAGUCUCAGUGUCGAGCUAGAUGGAAAGAUUCUUUGGAUCCCAGACUAAACUUUGGGAGCUGGUCCGAGGAAGAGAUUACAAAGUACAAUGAAGCAGUUGAAGAACACGGAGUUAGUAACUGGCCGAAAGUAGCUUCACAUGUGUAUUCUCGUACUAGCAAGCAAUGCUCCAGGAGAUGGGAGACCUUAAAUCCUCACUUAAAGUAUCUAAAAAGAGAAGCUGUAAGGUUACGAAGAGAAGCUACCAUAGGUAACUUUGUUGAUCGGGAAUCAGAGCGUCCUCAUCUUGUCGCAAGCGAUUUUUUGGCACUAGCCGAGAGAUCUUUUGAGCCAGAACCCGUCCUGAAGAAGAAACGCAAAACAAGAUGCAGACAGAAGAAGGCAGAUGCACAAUGCGAGAGUGAAGCAGUUUGUGGUGAAACAAAGAGACAACCAAAGAGGCGGAGAAAAGGAUUAGAGAGAUGCUCAGGAGAUGUAUGUAGACGAGAGAAUGAGAAUGAAGACAGUGGAAAGGAGAAGAAACAACGACGAAAACACAAAGCUGUUGCAGGAACAUCAUCAGAAGAUAACAGCACUGUGACCACCGACUGCUCUCAAGUCAAAGUUGGUAUCGAGAAGCUUAAGCCUAGGAGGAAAGUGUCUGCGGUAGUUCCUAUCGAGAACCAAGAUGCACCAAAUUAGGAUUUUUCCUUUGUUGCUCUUUCAGAAUUUUGUAUGUACACUAACUAGUCCAAACAAUUUAUUAAUUGAAACUAAGGUAUUGACAGAAGAGUAAUGACGUGUGCAUUUUUAUAA